GUUAGAUGUCAUGCCAUUGGUUGUUUCUUUGGCGACACAUUUAAAAUCCAUUUGUCUACUCUCUUUAGCUACGGAUAUUGUUGAAUCGUAAGUUAUUUAGCUAAAUAUAUUAUAUUAUGUAUAGUUUGUGGCUAGAUAACAUAACUAACGUCUUAUGUAAUCAUUAUGUGUCAUGAUGAGUAAACUAUAGUAGCUCGCUAAUAAUCUCUAGCUAGCAAGUUAGCUAGCUAGCUAAAUAGCUAGACAACAACAUAAAGAAGUUACAGUAUCUAUCUAUCUAUCUAUCUAUCUAGGUUUAACUGAUGUAGGUCUUCUCCUGCUAUCAUGAAAAUAUUUAGCUAACAACAUCAUGUGUUUCCCCCCACUUAGCCUACCGAUGGAUGGUUACAGUUUAUCUAUGCCUGGCCCUCACUCACCGGACUACCAUGCCUCCCCAAUGUCAGAACUCGCCAACUGCUUUACGGGACUCAGCGCCUUUCACACAGGGUAAAAGCUAUUAUCCUCGAACUACAUUAGUUGGCUAGCUGAUUUUAUGUGUGGGUGGCUAUCUGACUCCACAUCGAGGGAAUGGCUACCGGCCAGUCCCUUACUCUGCCAUGUUUACAUGGAUUGUGAAUAAGAUGAAGCUAGGAUUGAGAGUUCAAAAUGGCUUGCAGAAUUAAACCGCACCCAUGGUCUUUAUACUACUAUAUUUACCCAUUUUUAUCUCAUGCAUCACCUGCAUUACUCAGUGACACUCCUCGGAGAUGUCUGGACCUGUCCAACCUCAGCACUGGGAGUGUAGACAAUGCUGCUGCACAGGGAACACCACACAAAGGUGAGCAAUGCUUUUUACAUACUGUAGGCAUAUUCAUUCACAACAACAAAAAAUGCAACCCAGGGGGAACCCCAGCAGAAAAAGCGGAGGCAACCAUGGCAAGGCAAAACUCCCAAGGUAGGAACCUUGGGAGGAACCAGGCUCCUCUUGGCUGGGUAGAAGUUCAGAGUAUGACUAUUUAUCUAUGCUGGUGUGCAAUGCAUAUUCUCUCCACAAACUUAGGUAGGUACUGUAGCAGAGGCUUUGCACUUUCACUUUCAGCAACUUUUUGCACCAUUUUAAUAUUUCAGUUGACACUGCUCUUAAACAUUAUUCCUGCUGGUUUGCAGACAAGCCUACUUCUCCAGUGGCCUUGGAAUCUCCUGCACCAAGGUACCAGACUUAUUCUUCUGACCUUCAAGAACACCGUGUUUAGAAUAAUAUAAUAAUAAUAUAUGCCAUUUAGCAGACACUUUUAUCCAAAGUGACUUACGGUCAUGCAUACAUACAUUUUACGUAUGGAUGGCCCCGGGGGUCGAACCCACAAUCCUGGCAUUGCAAGCCCCAUGCUCGAAACAUUCUGGAAUCUGGAAACACAAAUAUGAUGAUGUUAUCAUUUGUGGAGGGAUGAGUACCUGCUCCCCAUGGGCCCUGUGGACUGUAAGUCGCUUUGGAUAAAAGGGUCUACUAAAUGGCAUAUUAUAUUAUACUGUGUUGCUACCUGCAUCAUCCAAAGUAAUGUUCCCCUUUUUGUUCCAGGAACAGUCGCAUGAAAAAGUUGCAGUCCUUCCCGGUAAAGAACAGUCUAUGGAUUUACUCUCCGUAUAAAUGGGUUUUGUAUGAUUACCUCAGUGUGAGUUUUUAAUUAACACACUCUGUCUUCUGUCUCUUAGCCCAGGUUGCUGUGUAGCAGUCCGAAGCUUCACCCCAGUGAACGUCCAUUCAGUAACAAGGAGAAUGUGAGCGGACGUAUUUUCACAUUCAGGGUUAUGCAUGAUUAACUUAUUCACAUGCAAAUGCAGUCUAGUUUCUUCUACUACAAUACCCUAUUUCAAUUGUGUCAUCAGAGUUUGCACCUCUCAAGGGCAUAACCACACAAGACCUAUGAAAUCAUCGUGUUUAGGAAGAGCUCAGUGCCCUUUGUGGCUUAUUCAAUUAUGGCCACUAGAUGACAGUAUGGGAUUUGCUCAAUCUAGAGAGAAUACCUCUUGUAGCAUUGUAACAGAGGAUUGCAUGUGGAUGUGUUUUUAAGGCGUUACUCAACGCAUUCUCUCUGUAUCUCACCUGAAUUACAAUUACUGCACUGCUGUGGUUUCCCCCUAUGUUCAGGUGGCCCCAGGGCAGAGAGUGCAGGGCAAGCCAGAGUGUUUGUUGCCUGCUCCAGAUGGUGAGCCCUGUGCCUUGGGGAGCCCCAUCUUCCCUGUACAUCCCUCCCUAACCCGGCACUCCCCAGGGGAUGCAGAUGGAUUCAUGGAAAUCCUGGAGCAGGAAGCUGAUGAGGUGAUUUGGAUCUCAUAGACUGACGUUUUUACCUCUUGUCCCGUUCUGUUAAUCUAUUUCACUGAAUGGUUCAUGCAGCGAGGUUUGCACCAGUGUGACUCCUGCUCCUGUAUUCAAUGCACAGUUCAAUCUCAGUUGCUACAUCCUUAAUGCUUCCUACUACUUCUGUUUUUUCUGUCUUCCAACAUGACUCCCUUCUUUAUUUUGAAUAUCUCCACUGCCCUGACCUUUCCUCAUGUCCAUUCUCUCCCCCAGGGUUCUAUUGCUGUCGCCAUGUCAUGUAGCAUGGCACAAUUGCUGUCUGAACCCCUCAUGAACCAGGAAGUGGAUCUCUCCUCUGUAAGUAUCCUCUUCUCCCAUCAUCACUUACAUCCACAGACUUGCAAUUGGUUUGAACUUUACUGCGCUGCGAGGAGUAACAGGACAUGUACCUUCACUAGGUUUCAGUGUGUCGCCAGGGGGGACGACGUCUCUUCCGAUCCCCUUCCAUGCCAGAGCGGUUGGCACGUCCGCUGAAACGCACCUCCACCUCCCCCUCCCCAGCCAACCCCCGGCCACUCAAACGACACUGCACCUUCUCCGCCGUCUCUGAGGAGGUGGGAGAGGGAGACCAAGGGGCUGGAGUCAACAAUGAAAGGAGGGUAAGGGUGGGUCAGGAGUGCUACACUGUAUAUUGGUAGAAGGUAGUGGUAGGGAGGAGGGUUGUUUCUCUACUGACUAGUAUUCCUCUCACAAGCAGCACCUGCAUAAGAGGACCCACUCUCUGUGUGACGUGGAGCAGCAGCUGGGUGGGGAUGGGAUCAAUGCAGAACUCAUUGGAGACUUCAGCAAGGUAGUAUAUUGAGACUACAACUAGUUAUCCACACUAAAAACAGUUUCACAAUCACAUGGUCCUGUGAAUUAAAAUGACUGUUGCAUUUUUAGGUGCAUGCCCUACCCACUGUGACAGGGAGACAUCAAGGCUUGAAGUACAUCACGGUUCACACAGUAAGUGCAAUGAGAUAUGGUGCGUCAAACGGUGCAUGUUACAUUUGCAGGAAGAGCAAUUAUAUCAACAACAACAACAACAAACUGAAUUCUCUCAUUGUCCCAGAUGAGUGCUCUUCUGGAAGGGAAGUUCAGCUGCUUGGUUGAGUCUUUUGUCGUGGUGGACUGCCGCUACCCAUAUGAGUAUCAGGGAGGACACAUUAAGGUGAGAGAUUAACAGAAUAAAGUCCCUGGACAGUGCUGACAUUUUUUAAUUCAAUGUGGAGUGUGUACUGAGUGUGUUCUUCUGAGGUAGUGUUAUCCCUGUCUUCACCUGCAGGGGGCGCUGAGCCUGCCCAACACAGACAAGGCUGUGGAUCACCUGCUGUCCCAGAGGCUAAAAGCCCACUCUCCUGAAAAGAGGCUUGUGCUAGUGCUGCACUGUGAAUUCUCCUCUGAAAGAGCACCCAGAACGUGAGACAUGCAGACCUUUCAGUCACUUCCUCCUGUGUGUGUGUGUGUGUAAAAUCUGCAGGUUGCUUAUUAUCUGCUUUUGACUCCUGACCAGAAAUUAGGUUUCCCUGCAUGUAUUCCAUUUGAGAUUAAGUCCCUCAUGAGAGUGUCUGUCUCACUCUGUAGGUGUCACCUCCUGCGCAGUGUGGACCGCAGUAUGAACGAGUACCCAGCCCUGCACUACCCUGAGCUCUACAUCCUGAAGGGUGGCUACAGAGACUUCUAUCACUCUCACCAGGUAUGGACCUGACAAUACCCAAAUAGACUGUGGUCUUUGGGCUAGGCUGUAGUCAGUUUAUUUCUCACUCCCCUGGUCUCCUCUGUCUGUGUGUGUCUGUCAGGAGCACUGUGAGCCCCAGUCCUACUGCCCCAUGCACCACGAGGACCACAGAGAGGAGCUUCUGCGGUGCCGCACACACAGCAGAGCCUCGGCCGAGGAGCGCCGCAGACGCCACCAUAUCCAAACUCUCGUCAAACUCAAACUCUGAGGCAGUCGUUGGGGGGAGGAGGCCAGGAGAAGAACAGCCACUCAGACGUACAGCGUCUCCAAACAGUGACCUAGAGAUUGUCUGUUUAAUUAUCUUAGUCACAAGAACCUACUGUACUAUGUGAUAACAAAUUGACCUUUUGUUGUGUUUGAUACCUUUCCAAAUAUAAUAUUUUUCAUAUGCUGCCAUGGAAACUAUGCAUAAUGGUGAUGUUCACUGCUGCCUAGUUUUGUCUAUUUUGUUUGGAUGUCCAUGAAUAAUAACAACACUGUCCACUCAUAUUCAUUAAUGCCUGCCAGUUGAACAGGAUGUGUAAUCCACUAAUGUCACUGUAGUAUCUUUUAAUUACAGUAGAGUCCACAGGUUAAUGGCUUUAAUUUUUCAGCUUUUGAAAUUGCUUUAAUGUCAUUUCCACACUGUAGAGCAGAAAAGGGUGGCAUUAUUUCCAGUGUAAAUCAUGGAUGUAUAUUUGUAUUAUUAUUGGGAAUGGGAAUCAUGACUUUAUUUUAACUGUUAAGAAUAACACUGUUUGUUUUUUUACCAGAGUGAAUGACCUUGGAGUUUAGGUUGAAUAUUUGUUAAAUAACUCAGUUUUAAUGUUUUGAUUUGUCAGGUAGUUGCAAAUGAAUUGCUGCAUUAACGAUGAGAUGUAUAAUUAAAAAACAC